AUGGCCGCAACUAAGGUCAAGUCCCGGAAACGGGCUCAAAAAGAGCAGGAAGCGAUUACUCCCAAGAUAGCUCCUGAAGUUAAGCUAAAUGAUUCCACUUUGGAGCAUAUCACUGGUGGCUGGCAGCCAGGCAUGGAUCCCAAGGUCGAUGAUUCAGGUCACUUCGAAUUCGGCGGUUCAGUCGGUUGUCUAGGCUUGAUUAUUGGCUUUCCCUUGUUGAUGUAUUACAUGUGGAUUGGUGCUACGUACUAUGAUGGCAAGCUUCCUCUGCCUGAGAAGGAUCAGUCCUAUAUUGAUUUCGGGAAGCAUUUGUGCCACCUAGUUUACACUGGUGCAUUCCCCCACGUUCGUGCCUGGCGCAUCUAUUGGACCUACUUCAUGUUUGAGGCUGUCUGCUACGUUUUUAUGCCUGGAUUUACCUGUUAUGGAAAGCCUCUUGCUCAUUUGGGUGGUCAACAGCUCAAGUAUCAUUGCUCUGCCUAUACCAGCUUUUACUUGACUAUUGUGGUUAUGGCUUUUCUGCACGGCACUGGACUGUUUCCCAUCUACACUUUCUUGGAUGAAUUUGGACCCCUGAUGUCUGUUGCCAUUCUUUCUGGUUAUCUCAACAGCUUGAUCACCUAUGUCCAAGCAUUUGUUCGAGGUACACAACAUCGCAUCACUGGCUACCCCAUUUAUGAUUUCUUCAUGGGGGCUGAGCUGAAUCCCCGCCUCUUUGGAAUCAUGGAUUUCAAGAUGUUCUACGAAGUCCGGAUUCCCUGGUUUAUCCUUUUUGGUCUCAGCUGUGCGGCGGCCACACGCCAGUACGAAAGAUAUGGUUAUGUUUCUGGCGAAGUUUUGUUCCUGGUGAUGGCUCACUAUACUUACGCCAACGCCUGUGCCAAGGCAGAGCAUCUCAUUACCACCACAUGGGACAUGUAUCAAGAGAAACUUGGAUUCAUGUUGACGUUCUGGAAUAUGGCCGGUGUACCCAUGUCAUACUGUCACUGCACACUGUACCUGGCAAAUCAUGAGCCAUCCACAUAUGCAUGGAGUCGACCUGCAUUGGCGGCAUUCUUCAUCUCCUACCUAUUUGUGUAUUGGGUCUGGGAUACAGCCAAUGGCCAGAAGAACUCCUUUCGUAUGAUGGAACGUGGAACUUGGGUGAAGCGAAACACAUUCCCACAGCUUCCCUGGCAGGAAGUUCAUAAUCCGAAGACCAUUGUGUCUGAGAAUGGAGAUACCAUUCUUGCUGAUGGAUGGUAUGGACUUGCUCGCAAGGUUCACUACAGUUGUGACAUGUUCUUCGCUAUUUCAUGGGGUCUAAUCACUGGUUUUGAAAGCCCGUUUCCGUGGUUCUACCCCGUUUUCUUUUCGAUCAUGAUUGCGCAUCGAGCAAUGCGGGAUAUCAAUAAGUGUAGGUACAAGUAUGGUGCUUCGUGGACGGCAUAUGAGAAACAAGUUCCAUAUCUUUUCAUUCCAUAUGUUGUUUAA